AUGGCGAGAAUGGUAAACGAGAACGGGUGUGGACAAGAAAUAGGGAGUCCAGAGCCACAGGGGCCGGGCCGGGGUGCUGCCAGAUGGGGCCCGCAACACGCAGGUGCCCGGGCACUGGCGAAUUUAUACACUCCAGGAAAAAGAUGUCAAGAAUGGAUAAGUGUUGUCCUCUGCUUCUCUCUUAUGGCCUUCAACUUCAUUCACCUCCUUGCCUAUUUCCAUCUGGGACAUGCAUGGUACAUCUUGUUGGGCAUUGUGGCAGGCAUACUCAGUGCAGACUUUGCAUCGGGCAUUGUUCACUGGGGGGCAGACACAUGGGGAUCAGUGGAUCUUCCCAUCUUUGGAAAGGCCUUUAUACGACCAUUUAGAGAGCACCACAUUGAUCCCACAGCCAUCACCCGUCACGACUUCAUUGAGACCAAUGGUGACAAUUGCAUGCUGACCAUAAUCCCUCUAGCAAACAUGGCCUUCAACUUCCUCACACUCUCCCCUGCGGAGAUUUACCACAACUACCCCUGGUACUGCUAUGUGUUUGCACUAGCCAUCUUUGUGACCCUCACCAACCAGAUUCACAAGUGGUCACACACGUACUUCGGCCUGCCUCGCUGGGUAGUGUUUCUCCAGGACUGCCAUAUCAUCCUUCCCCGCAAGCACCACCGCGUCCACCACGUCUCCCCGCAUGAGACGUACUUCUGCAUCACCACAGGUUGGCUGAACUACCCUCUGGAGAAGCUGGGCUUUUGGCGUAACCUUGAGGAUCUGAUCCAGGGUCUGACGGGAGAGAAGCCCAGGGCAGAUGACCUGAAAUGGGCUCACAAAGUCAAGUAACACCGCAGCCCAGCUGCACCCUACCUCAGAAGACACCGGCUCCGCCCUGUCUUUUCUUCCCCUUUUGCCUAACUGAAACUGUAAUCCAUAGGAGGAAAAACUUAACCAACAAUUUCUGAUGCCAUAGCUUUAAGUCUUGCACAUUUUGUCUGAUUUUUAAGAAGAGCGCUUUGUUGAUGGAUUGUUUUUUUCUUUACUCACGGAGGAGAUUAUCAUUUUAAAUUGCAAUAUCUCCUUAACUCCUUGACAGGCUCCAUAUUCUUGAUGUUGUAUGUCUAACACAGCUCACCAAUUUUAAGGUGAUACACAAAGGCCAUUGCUCUCAGACAGUGUGGUCAGACACAUCAUUUGAAAUCACUUUUUAAGGAGAGUCAGUGAUGUUUUACGUCCUUCAAAACAAACUCAAACAUCCCCAGCAAGAAUACUUGAAAGGGUGAAAAUGCCCUUAACUGCACUUGUUUUUUUUUGUUGUUGUUUUCCCCCUCUUCAACACCACACAUACAUGUAUGGAAAGAUGCUAAAAAUGUCAAAAGUGUGUUUUUGCUAUUACUGCUUUCUUUUCCAGCAGGUGCUGGAUCUGUCAUUGCAUCUCUGCCUCAAAAAGGGCCUUCUUAUUGGGCAUACAAGUUAAAGUUGGAUUUCGGCUCAGUAGUAGGGCCGGGCCAGUACAGGGUUUCUGCAGGCAUUACCAGUGUUGAUAUUUAAAGAACAGAUUGGGUAAUUACUAAAGCAGACCUUU